CUCAGCUAACAGUCCCUGGACUCCUCUUGAUCCUGGAUCUCAGCGUACACGACCAGUGUAAUGUACACACCUCCCUGAACCUUAUCUCAGGCCAGCCAUCAAGGGUCCUUCCCUUCAGUAUCUGAGGCCCUCUCUGGGAGAGUUGUCUCCUAGAGUGUACCCACAUCUGGAGGUCUGACAAUAACCCUGGUUACAUCUGUACUUUUGCAGCACGUUUCCAUUGGCAUGAUUCAAGAAUAGCAAUGGAUCCUGAAGGCUCACGCAUCCAAGAUGACCCAGAUGUCAAGGUGAUGAUGGCAGGGUCGACUCUUAGAAAAGUAAAGUCACGAUCGUGGAAGAAGCAGCGGCAUUUUCGCCUCCUGGAGGAUGGCCUGACAAUCUGGUACAAAUCCAGAUGGGCAGGGAGAGGCCACUCCACUUUCUCAAUUACCGAGCUGGAGGCUGUGCGUGAGGGCCACCAGUCUGAAGUCCUGCUGAGCAUUGCUGAGGAGUUCCACGCUGACCAGUGCUUCACCUUGGUGUUUCAUGGUCGCCAAGGCAACUUGGACCUUGUGGCUGAAUCCCCAGAGGAAGCCCGGGCCUGGAUCCAGGGAGUGCGCAAGCUAAUUCAGAAGGCUCAAACGAUGGAUGAGAAGGAGAGGCUAGACCAGUGGGUCUGGGACUGGUUUAAGAAAGCUGACAAAAACAAAGACGGGAAGAUGAAUUUCAAAGAGGUGCGGACACUGCUGAAGAUGAUGAACGUAGAGAUGAAUGAGGAACAUGCUUUGCAUCUUUUCACGAUGGCUGACAAGCACGAGUGUGGCUCUUUGGAAAUCGAGCAGUUUGUCCAUUUCUAUAAGAUGCUGACUCAGAGGGAUGAAGUGUGGAAGGUGUUCCAGGACUACUCGGGAGAUGGAGAAAAGUUAAUGUUGGAGGAACUGGAGAACUUCCUGAGUGUGGAACAGCAGGAGGGAGAGAAGAGUUCCCAGCAUGCACAGGAGCUCAUUGAUCGCUAUGAACCAUCUGAGUCAGCCAAGAAGCAAGGCGCCAUGUCGUUAGAUGGCUUCCAGAUCUACCUGUGCUCACGGGAGGGCUCCAUAUUUAAACCUGAGCAUCGGGAUCUUCACCAGGACAUGAGCCAGCCGCUAAACCACUACUUCAUCUCCUCCUCACACAACACCUACCUGCUGGAGGACCAGCUGCGAGGGAUGAGCAGCCUGGAGGCAUACAUCCAGGCCCUGAAGAGAGGCUGCCGUUGUGUAGAGGUGGACUGCUGGGAUGGCAGUGAUGGGGAACCUGUUGUGUAUCAUGGUCACACUUUGACUUCCAAGAUACUUUUUAGAGAUGUCAUUUCAACAGUGAAGGAAUAUGCCUUUAAGGUAUCGGACUUUCCAGUCAUCCUGUCCCUUGAGAAUCACUGUGGCAUAGAGCAGCAGACAGUCAUGGCCCAGCACCUUCGCCAAAUCUUGGGUGACACACUACAGACCACCCUACUGGAUGGGCAAGUCCCUCAACAGCUUCCCUCUCCACAGGAACUGAAGGGGAAAAUUUUGUUGAAAGCUAAGAAGAUAAGCAGUCCAGGAGACUGUCUCGAUGGAACCCUGACAGAUGAAGUUAGCGAUGAGGAAGAGAUAGCCAAUGAUGAACCUGGGAGCCUGUCGACAGAGGAGCCAUCUGCUGAGUCUCUGAACUGUGAUGGAAAGAAUGGAAAGAAGUCCAAGUCCAAACUGUCCAGGGAGCUGUCAGACUUGGUGGUUUACUGUAAGAGCGUGCACUUCCAUGGCUUUGAGCAUGCUCAUUCACACGCCAAAUGUUAUGAGAUGUCCUCCUUCUCUGAAUCCAAGGCUAAGAGGCUUGCUAAGGACGCAGGGACAAAUUUUGUGCAGUACAACACACGGCAGCUGAGCAGGAUCUAUCCCAGUGGCCUCAGGACAGACUCCUCCAACUACAACCCGCAGGAGAUGUGGAAUGUAGGCUGUCAGAUAGUGGCUCUGAACUUCCAGACAGCUGGUUUGGAGAUGGAUCUGAAUGAUGGGCUGUUCAGACAGAAUGGCUGCUGUGGCUUCGUUCUCAAGCCUGACUUCAUGAGAGACGGCAACACUCAGUUCAGUCCAGACAAACCCGAGGAGCGGCAAGGCUACAAACCACUCCGCUUGUCAAUACAGGUUCAGAGCUGCAUGGGAGAUUUGUGGUUGCAAUGGACAGCUACUACUGUCAGUGUUAAUGGGAAGCAGGAAGUGUUAUGUGCCUUUCUGUGCUGGGCAGUGGUGUUUGUAUCUAUUGUGCAAAUAUAUUUGUGUGUUUAUCAGGUGAUCAGUGGGCAGCAGCUACCAAAGGUGAAUCAGAAAGAAGGCUCUAUUGUAGACCCACUGGUCAGAGUGGAAAUCUAUGGAGUGCCACAGGACCACGCCAAGGAAGAGACCAGUCACAUUAACAACAAUGGUUUUAACCCAGUGUGGAAUGAAACUUUAAAUUUUGUCAUCCAUGCCCCUGAGCUGGCCCUGGUUCGCUUUGUGGUAGAGGACUAUGACAAGGCGUCCCGGAACGACUUCGUUGGACAGUUCACUCUUCCAUUUACAUGCAUCCAAGCUGGAUAUCGUCACAUCCACCUGCUCUCUAAAGACGGAACGGCUAUUCCUCCCUCCUCCCUCUUUGUCAAUGUCAGCAUCACAGACUUCACAUGAGGACAUUCAAUCUGAUAUCAAGCCAGAGGUGAAGUACUGUGUGUUCCUUUGCCGUAUGAAGGAUGAGAACAGCAUGCACCAAUACUUUUAUCUGGUAUUGGGCAUUUGGGAGGCUAAAGUAGGGUAUCAGUACAAAUUCCACAGACUUAAAAAGCAAACAGCAGAAAUCAGACUCUGUUAUUUGUUUCUCAGCAUUAUUCACUCAAACAAGGAUUUCUGCAAUAGAAGACUCUUCAAGUAAUUGAAUCAUUUUUAUGCCUCGGUGCCGGUAAUAGCCGUGGCUGGAGGCAUUAUGUUUUCGGGUUGUUCGUCACUCUGAGGUCCCUUUCUAGUGAACGCAUUAUCUCAGGAACACUCUGAGGUAAUUUCUCCAAAUUUGGCACAAACAUCCAUUUGUACUCAAUGAUGAACUGAUAAGAAUUUGGUGUUCAAAGGUCACUGUGACCUCACUAAGCAUGUUAUUGGACAUAACUCAAGAAUUAAUUUCCUUCUUAUGUCAAAACUUCACAAAGAUGUCUAAUAGGACAUAAUGGUGAGGUGAUGACAUUUCAUAUCCAAAAGGUCAAAGGUCAGCUUCACUGUGGUAUCAUGUUGUUCUGCAAAAAUACUGUCCAUUCUGGCCAUUACUCAACAUCAUAACUCAGGAACAGAAGGGGAGACAUUUGGUCAGAUGCUGAAUUAGUGACACAAUAAUCCACCUUGAAACUGUGCUGAUUGUAUAGAUCUUCUAUGUUGUUUGGGGUGUGUGAAACAUCCAUGUUUUCACAGACAUGGAUGUAAACUGUAAAUGUAACUUGACUGGUUCCCAGAGGCAUACAACCAUAAAGUGGUAAUUAUGGUUAUGUAAAUACAGGGUUUAAAUUCACAGACAAAUGAAAUAAUGAGUAAAAAAAAACAGAGAACAUGUAGUACUAAAAAAAAAAAACAUCUAAAAUUUAAAGGAACAGAUCUGCCUGUUAUCUAUUUAUGUUCUUAUGUCAGACGUAUGUAAUUCUUAAUUCAACUUUUUAUGGAAAUAUUUCCUGCAAGCUUUUUAAUUUCCAUUGUCUUUGAAUGAAGGGUCAUGAAGGAUUGCUGCAUGUCUAGAAUGUCUUAACAUACCUAUAUGCCUUAAAACGUAGUGUAUAUGCAGAAGUAACAGUACCUGAAAUAGAGUAAUAAUAGAAUGUAAAAAAAACCCUGCCAAAUAUCAGUAUCAUAAACCUAUCAGUAUAAAGUAAUCAAAACUUUGAA